CCGUCCGACUAAGUUUCAUAAAAUCGCGACAAUUUUCGAACCUUGUGUUCAAAACUGUUGAUUUUCCAAAUGAGGAAGUUUUCCUUUGCCAUUUUGUGGUAUUUUUCCGACCAACAACGGGGAUUUAGCAGCAAACAUGAUUUUUUAAAUUGGGAAUUUCUGACGUCUGCUGUCAUGUGGCAAGAAAUAUUGAGUCUGUAGUGAAAUUAAGUUGUGUAUUUUGAGUGUUUGGUGGAGUGCUCCUCAAGAGUUUCAGGACUAUUUGGACAGCGAAGUGUAUAAUUAAGACAAUGUGUCUACGGACUUGAUCCAUUAACCGUGUGGAACGUGGCAUAAAAGAAGCAAAAGGGUUAAAAGUAUAAUUCUUGAUUUAAAAUAAUUCUUUGGAAGCUUCAAGUGCGAUUUAAUUUAAAACGUAUUUGUCUCGACAACUGAAAAAUCGAAAAUAGUGUUGAUUAGUCUGCUCUGCUUUUUAGACAAAACUUUCCAAGCUUUCGAAAAAUGUAUGUUGUUUACUGCAGAAAUUUCAAGUCAAUAACGCCAGAACUAGAGCAGACUGUAACCCGGCAAUGUUCAAAGUUUUAGAGCAUUUUUAUCAAGUUCAGCGCUUUAGCUGUAAGUCCAUAACUCCGGGAAAACGCAGAUAAGUUUAAGAAAAAAAUUUCAAUAAAUCAAGUUUGGUUACUUUCUACACAUAGAUAAAAAAGAAUUUAGACGCUGUCAAUUUAAACAUUCGUUCUCAUUUGUUACUAUACUUUUUCAUUCACCAAAAUGUCGUAGUUUUUGCACAAACAUCAAUAAACGGCAUCAGAAAAAUAGCAAAACCAGACAACCACCAACCCGUUCAACCUCUAAACCACAUGAUGUUGACAACCAUUUUUCACCCUGCAAAAUUAAUAAUUCACAAAUUAGCCAGCAGAUUAUUCUUGCGCAAAUCAUUCUGCCAAUUCCCUGAUCCGCUGGUGCUUCCAGUUUGUUACAAUGCGCCACAAUAUGGCAAUAAAGUUGCCAUUUAUGACCAGACUGGAAGCUACAGUUUCCGGAACUUGUUCAUUGAGGCUCAGAUGUUGUCUUCAAAACUGUCUAUUUUAUUGGGUGGAAGCACUGGAGAAAGAGUGUUGUUUCUGUGCCCCAAUGAUGCCAGCUACGUGAUUACCAUAUGGGCCAUUUGGAUGGCGGGGCAAAUCGCUGUGCCUCUAAGCCCUUUACAUCCAGAGCAAUUGCUCGAGUAUUACAUCAAGGAUGCCAAUAGCAGGUUAAUGGUUUCUUCUCUGGAGUUUGCCAAAACUCUCCAUUCUCUAUCCAGGAAAUCUGGCAUUCAACAGCAUCUGCUAGAAGAAGAUCUGCUGCUCAGAGCGAAGACUCACAAGUCCGUUGAUCCCAAUCCUGAUCCCCUAUCUAAAGAAUUCUAUCAAAGCAGUGACGCUUUAAUUCUGUACACAAGCGGCACUACUGGCAAUCCCAAAGGAGUGGUUUUAACGCACAGGAAUAUCAAUGUGCAGCUGAAAAUGCACAUUGAAGCAUGGAAAUGGUCAGCAAGCGAUAUGAUUUUGCACACGUUGCCGCUUCAUCACGUCCAUGGGACACUUUAUGCCCUAUUUUGCCCUUUAUUUGUUGGAGCCUCCAUUAUCAUGCUCCCGAAGUUUAACGCCGCCCUCGCUUGGUCCUACCUGCUAAACAGAAAGCAGGAGGUUGAAGGCAAAGUUUCCGUUUUUAUGGCUGUGCCCACCAUAUUCUCCAAACUCAUCGAGGAGUUUGAUUUGAAUCUGUCUUCCAGCUCUGAGCUAGUGAAGGAGUUUCUGAGCAGCCACAUGAGGCUUAUGGUGAGUGGAUCUGCUCCCUUACCAGAGCCAGUUUUUGAACGAUGGUUGGCAAUAUCUGGAUACAAGCUACUAGAGCGCUAUGGGAUGACUGAAAUCGGGAUGGCUUUAACAAACGAUUACGACUCAGAUCGAGAGCCUGGAUUUGUAGGAAUGCCUUUACCCUCAGUGUCCGUUGCCUUAGCUGAUCCAGACACCAAGGAAAUCGUCUUCAAAUGUGCAAAUCAAUCUGGAAAGUUCCUUGUUGAAAACACAGCUCAAGAUCAAGAUCAAGAUCCAACUGGAGAACUCCUCGUAAAAGGAGAGAGUGUUUUUCGGGAAUACUUCAAUAAACCGCAGGAAACUCUAAAGGAAUUUACGGAGCAGGGCUGGUUCAUUACGGGGGACAUUGCUCAGUAUUCUAUAGAAAAGCGUAACUUUAAAAUGCUAGGGAGAAAGAGCGCGGAUAUUAUUAAAUCAGGCGGCUAUAAAAUCAGUGCCUUGCAAAUCGAAACCCUACUUCUGGCCCAUCCGGGUAUAAAAGAGUGUACGGUUCUUGGUGUUCCAGAUCAAACUUAUGGGGAACGAGUAGCUGCUGUGCUAGUUUUCAAUAAAGAACCUCCUGAGAGUUUAGCAGCCUUAAAGGAGUGGUGCGGAGGAAAAAUGCCAAAGUAUUGGGUGCCAACGGUGUGGAAAGUAGUGGAGAAUAUUCCCAAAAACGCCCUAGGGAAAGUUAAUAAAAGAGAACUGCGGAAUCAGUUGUUUAAUAAAAGUCUUGAAAGUUAGGAGCUUCUUGUGGCUGUCGAACUGGAUAUAUACACGGUUGAUGGCAUCUAGAUUAGUACAGAACGCGAUGAACAAAAUUUCUGGAAAUUUGUGCAACGAAAUAAUUGGAUAUGAUACUAAAAUAUUUUUAUCAACGCGUUGUUGCCGCGUGUAUUGAAAAGUACAUCCAACGUUGAUAUUUUAAAUGAGACACCCUGUAUACAGUACCCUGUAUAUGAACGAAUAUUUUUUUCUAUUUAGUACGAUAAAAAGUCAAUAAGAAAAGUCCAUAAGAAAAAUCAAAGUGGACUGUUAUUUUGCAAUACUAAACACCAAUAAAAAAAAUCUGACACUACCAUGAA